GCGCGGUAUAAGACGAGUAGCCUCCGCACCUUGGCAACCCCGCCACGACACGAGAUUGGUUACAAAACUAAAGUCUGGAGUAGUUCGUGCAGCGAUUUUCUUCAGUACUUUUGGUAUAACCAUCUCGGGGCGUCCACCCCUUCCUUGGAACUUUUAAGUUAAGCAAACAGAAGUCUUGUGAUCAUGGCAAUUGCCAGCUUGGACCCCGGCCCAGGAGUCGCCGCGCUGCAGGCGUGGGGCGGGCAGGUGGCCGCCUAUGGCGCCGCCAACCAGACCGUCGUCGAUAAAGUGCCUCCCGACAUGCUGCAUAUGGUCGAUCCAUACUGGUAUCAGUUUCCACCUAUGAACCCGCUAUGGCACGGUCUUUUGGGUUUCACUAUCGGCGUUCUCGGCUUCAUCUCAAUCACUGGCAAUGGAAUGGUCAUCUACAUCUUUACUUGCACCAAGAGUCUUAAAACGCCGUCAAAUCUACUGGUCGUCAAUCUUGCUUUCUCCGAUUUUCUGAUGAUGUGCGCGAUGUCUCCGGCUAUGGUUGUGAACUGUUAUAAUGAGACUUGGGUAUGGGGUCCUCUGGCUUGCGAACUGUACGCUUGCGCGGGUUCUCUAUUUGGCUGUGCUUCAAUCUGGACAAUGACUAUGAUCGCCUUCGACCGCUACAACGUCAUCGUGAAAGGUAUCGCCGCCAAGCCUAUGACCAACAACGGAGCUCUACUGCGCAUCCUUGGAAUCUGGCUGUUCUCUCUUGCAUGGACGCUCGCUCCAUUCUUCGGCUGGAAUAGAUAUGUCCCAGAAGGUAACAUGACUGCUUGUGGAACAGAUUACUUGAACAAGGACUGGUUUAGCCGAAGCUACAUUCUCAUCUACUCCGUCUUCUGCUACUUCAUGCCUCUUUUGCUUAUUAUCUAUUCUUAUUUCUUCAUUGUACAGGCUGUAGCUGCCCACGAGAAAGGCAUGCGUGAACAAGCCAAGAAAAUGAAUGUGGCUUCCCUUAGGUCUUCCGAAGCGGCCAACACCAGCGCUGAAUGCAAACUAGCCAAGGUUGCGUUGAUGACCAUCUCUCUGUGGUUCAUGGCCUGGACACCGUACUUGGUGAUCAACUACACAGGAGUAUUCGAGAGCGCCCCCAUCAGCCCUCUAGCUACCAUCUGGGGAUCCCUGUUCGCCAAAGCUAACGCCGUAUACAAUCCUAUUGUAUAUGGUAUCAGCCAUCCGAAAUACCGUGCUGAGCUAUACAAGAAGUUCCCAUCGCUGUCGUGCCAGGCGUCCCCCGACGAGAGCGGCUCGGUCGCCUCCGGCGCCACCGCCACUUCCGAGGAGAAGCCCGCCGCGUAAACACCAGACUUGGCCACACCGCCCAUCGGACACACGAUUUCUGCCAAUGCGAUGUUAUUUAUUUUUAUACGCGAACAUUUACAUUUGUACAAAGUUAUGAACUUGAACACAGAGCGUGUGCUGAGCAAAAUACUCAGGCGGUCACAAACUAUUUUAUAAUAUUUCCAAACCUGCGUAUUUUGAGUUCACGUUUUGGGUGUCGAGUUGAACGUUGCACACUUUUCUUAUACCUGACAUUUGCUUAAAAAGGCCGACGGCACGUAAAAAAAUACAAAAAAAUGAUAAAAUGAACGGUGUCGCUAGGCCACCCCUUCCAUGAGACUGCUCCUCUAGAUAUAGGUACUGCGAUAGAUUACGAUGAAACAAGCUCUGUAUCUUGGACCAAAUAAAGUUUAUCAAGCAAAGUGG